AUGUUUGGUCUAAAUUGUGCACCUGCAAAAUGGCAACGAAAAAUUGAAAAUAUUUUAGCUGGCAUUCCAGGGGUACACUGUUUCAUUGAUGAUAUUAGAGUAACUGGAUCUUCGGACAAAGAACACUUAGGAAGGUUAGACUUAGUAUUGACACGUCUUUCAGAUUAUGGGUUAAAGAUAAAUUUGGAAAAAUCAGAAUUCAUGAGGGAUGAGAUAGAAUAUUGCGGUUAUAAAAUCAGCAAGAGAGGCCUACACAAGGCAGAUCAGAAAAUAAAAAGUGUUGUAAAUGCUCUCACACCUAAAAGUGUAUCAGAAUUGCAGGCUUUACUUGGUUUAGUAAAUUACUAUGGGCGUUUCAUUCCAAAUUUAAGUGACAUUCUAGAACCUUUGCAUGAAUUGUUGCGUAAAGGGAAGGAGUGGGUAUGGACAGAUAAUUGUGAAAAAUCAUUAAACAAAAUUAAAGAGCACAUGAUGUCAGACACUGUACUUGCGCACUACUCACCUGAUUUACCCUUGAUUGUGGCCACGGACGCAUCGCCGACGGGGGUGGGAGCGGGUUUUAAUUAUAGUAUUAGAUAUAAAACUUCCAAAGCAAAUGCGAACGCGGAUGCGCUAUCCCGUUUGGCAGCAUUUGACGAAGAACGUAUUUCUCUAGAGGAAGCUGACAUUUUUCAAAUGAGCCUAAUGAAUGUUCUGCCGGUUACUGAACCCGACAUUGCACAAGCAACCCUUGAGGACCCAACGCUCAAACGUUUGUUGGUUGGGUUAAAAUCAGGUAAGAAAAUUGCCCAUUUGGAGAGGUUCGGAAUAGAUCAAUCUGAGUUUAGUUUAUAUAAAGAUUGCAUCUUAAGAGGUUCACGUGUCCUUGUCCCUGAAAGGUUUAGACAGGUGGUUUUGAAUGACCUCCAUUCCGCUCAUUUUGGCACAAGCAAAAUGUUAGCUUUGGCACGCAGCUACUGUUGGUGGCCUGGCAUAGACCAAGAUGUACGGAACAUGGUCAAGAACUGUGCGGAGUGCUGUCUUAAUCAAAAUAAACCUUCACCUGUUGCACCCAAACAUGUUUGGGAGUUCCCUUCCAGACCUUUUGAACGAGUUCACGUUGAUUUUGCGGGUCAGUUCUUAGGGGUUUAUUUUUUGGUACUGGUUGAUGCAUACUCAAAAUGGCCAGAAGUACACAUAAUGAAUAAGAUUGAUACAGAGUCCACGUUAGAGGUAUUGGAGCGAAUUUUUUCUACUUUUGGCUACCCAGAUGUGUUAGUAAGUGAUAAUGGUUCUCAAUUUGUGAAUCCAAAAUUUCAGGAAUAUUUAAAAUGUCACAACAUAAUACACAAGCGGUCAGCUCCGUACAAUCCAGCCACAAACGGCCAGGCUGAGCGUUAUGUACAAAUAAUAAAAAAUAAGUUAAGGUGUCUUAGAGCUAACAAGAAUAAAAUGCAGAAAUGUUUAAAUCAAAUUUUAUUUCAAUACCGAAUAAUGCCUCACACAGCCACUGGGAAAACUCCUAGCGAAUUAAUAUUCAAUUUUUGUGUUAAAUCAAAUUUGUCAGCAAUGUGCCGGCAGUCUAACAAUGAUGUAGAAAAAGCGAGAAAACUACAUGUCGGUGAUCGGGUAAUUGCUCGCAACUAUUCUGGCCAAGAGAGGUGGAAAUUUGGUAGAAUCAAUAGGGUCCUAGGCUCUUUACAUUAUGAAAUAAUAAUGGAUAAUGGCUUACUAUGGCGUAGGCACAUUGAUCAGUUGAGAAAGAUUGGAGAAAAUGUUAGAUUGGUACGAGAUAAUGAUUGUAUAUCUCAGGACUGGGCCUUAGACAAUAAUUCAGAAAAAGUUUUGAAUUCUCCGGGGUUAAGUGAUACAGUUUCCUCGGAAGUUAAAGAUAAUGAAACGGAACAUGGCCCAGGCCUGACGGCUGAUAUUUCUCAUGAAGUUUCUAAUCCUCAGGAUAUUCCUCAUACAAUCACUAGUGAUGCUGCUACUACUACAUCGACUUCGGUUGGUAAUAAUACUCAUAUACGUGACGUUCCUAAUCACCCAGGGGUACGUAGAAGUAGCAGAAUCAAGAAACCUGUUGUAAGACUUGAUUUAUAG